CCGACCUGGAGCAGCUGCUGAUCCAGGGCGGAGCGGGGAUGGCGCCCGGCAGCCCGGGCACGGCGGCGGCGGGGGCAGCGGGAGCCGGGGCGGGCUCCUCGGCAUCCGCGGGGACGUUCCUGUACCGCCAGCCCGUGACCCAGGAGCAGGAGGGCUUCGCCGACGGCUUCGUCAAGGCGCUGGCCGACCUGCACAAGCAGAACCAGCUGCUGGCCGCCCCGCCGCUCUCCCCGCCGGGGCCCUGCUGCCCGGGGGCUCGCCCGGGGGCUGCUGCCGCUGCUGGCACCGCCGCCGAGCCGCCGGCUGUCUACACCAACCUCGGCAGCUUCAACCCCGCCGGGCCGCUCAGCCCCUCGGGCAGCGCCUACCCUGCCGCCUCGGCAGCCCCGCCGCCUCCUCCUCCUCCUCCUCCUCCUCCUCCGCUGCCCUUCGGGGCGGCGGGGCUGGGCGGCGGGCGGCUGCCGCCGUCGCGGGCGCUGGAGGAGCCGCAGACUGUGCCCGAGGUGCCGGCGGGCGAGGGAGGAGGUGCCGGCGGUGCUGCUGGAGCUGCCGGUGGCGGUGGUGCUGGUGGUGCUGGUGGCGGUGGUGGCAGCGCCCCGACGCCGCCGUCGCUGUCGCCGCUGGACGCCGAGAGCCAGGAGCGGCUGAAGGCGGAGCGCAAGCGGCUGCGGAACCGCAUCGCCGCCUCCAAGUGCCGCCGCCGCAAGCUGGAGCGCAUCGCCCGGCUGGAGGAGAAGGUGAAGGCGCUCAAAGGGCAGAACGCCGAGCUGGCCGCCACCGCCAACCUGCUGCGGGCACAGGUCACCCAGCUGCAGGGACGGGUCCGCAGCCACCUCUCCUCCGGCUGCCACAUCAACGCCGCCGCCGCUGCGCCGCCCCGGGAGCCGCCCGCGGAGCCGCCCGCAGCCCCGGAGAGCAGCGGAGCCUGCUGAGCGACCCUUGAAACCCCCCUGCACCCGCUGCACGGGGUGCUGCGGGAGCCCCCCUGCAUCCUUUCGGAGCCCCCCGGGCCUGGGGGGCUGGGGGAGUGUGUGUGUGGGAGCAGGGUCAGGUGUUUGUUGAGUGAAGUGCUUGAGGUCUGUGGAGAUUUCGGAAGAUUAAGGUAAUUCCUGUUUACAGAAAGACUGAGCUUUUAUUUUUCACGUGGGGAUAAAAAUAUAUAUAUAUAUAUAAAUAUAUAUAUGUUUCCUAAUACACCAUACCUUAGGAAGUGUAUAGCGAUGGAUAAGCUUUUCACAGUUUGGAGAAAACAAAACAACCGAAAAAAAAAAAACAACAACAAAAAAAAAGAACCCAGAAUCGUACCCUUUGGAAAAGAUGUGCGUGUGUAUAUAUAUAUAUUUAAAACACAACAUGGCUAUGUAUAUUUUCCUGGUAUCGAUAAAUAACUUUUUUUUUUUUUAAAUACCGUCUUUCUCUAGAGCUUUAAUUUGCCAUUGAGAGCUAAGGCAGCCGGGUGGGCGCUCUCGCCCUUGAACGGCUGCGGGUCUAAAGUCGAACCCUGGAGGGAGGAGAAUGGUUUUGUUGUAAAUCUUAGGCGGGACGAGAUGUAUUGCCGACUGAGUCGUGUGGAAAUACUUUUCUAAACUGUUAGCUCCAUAUUUCUCGUGCCAGUGCAAAUCUGGGGCAUUGAUAGUUAUUUAUUGAAACUUGAACACUUUUGGACGUUGCCUAGACCUUAUUUUUAUAGAUAACACGUUAGUGGUGAAAACAGUUACCUUGGCAAGAAGAGCUUUACUUACUCGUUUUCUUUCACUGUGUACAUUCCAGUAGUGUUUGCUCUUUGCAUAGUAUAGUAACGAUCCCGUGCUAUACGGAAAAGGGCUCAGAUUUGGGGCGGAUUCGCUACGAGAACGGUAAUUCCAUUGUAUUCUGUUUGAAUAAAUCACAGAAAUACUACGGAGAAGGAGAUUUAUUUUUCGGUAGAAACCUGUAUGCAUUUCUUCUCGGUCUGCUUUGUUCUAAAGAAACUUUUUUUUCUGCAAUACGCUGGAGGCUGCAAGAGCCAGUGCUAGAAUGUGAAGUGAAUUUCUGGCUGGGAAGAACUGACGUGCUUUAUUUCUUUGUCAAGAUUUUACUAGCCGAAGAGAGCGGCACAGGAACUUUUUGGGUUUUGUGUGUGUGUUUUUUUUUUUCCCUCCCUCUGGUCGAUUAGACAUAAUCCUCAAUAAGUUCUCUGAAAGCUGUAGAUCCCUCGCUCGGUCCUGCUGCCUGCCUUGCUUCUGUGGCUCCCUCCCGCGUGGUUUUGAGCAUCCCUCCCCGCCCGUGCAGCGCUGCUGAGCCCUGUGGAUGGUGCAGAGGGAACGGUCUGUCGGAGCGUGAAGGUCACCCGCCGAGAGCACAGCUCCUCCUGAGCAGAUCCGGCUGCAGCUCGGACAAGACGUGAAGCUGGUGAAAGCAGGGGGCUGCGUGGGGAAGCACAGGGGCUCGGGCAUCCUCAGGUGUGUCCCGGCUGUGGCUCGGCUCUGUUGCACCUUUCUGCAGCCGCUGGACGUCCGCCUCGCUUCUCCUGGAAGGCUGCGCUCCGUGCUUGGAAAUCCAAGAAGAGAGCCUGGGAUGGACUCGUCAUUAUUUUAUUUUAUUUUUUCUAUCUUUAUUUUUGUGCUCUCGUUAGUGACAGGCGAGCGCUGCUGUCUGUUGGGAAGGUUCAGCCGUGGUGGUCCUGCCCCUCCAGCUCGCUGCCACCCCUGCACACCUGGAGGCCGGGGCGCUGGAGCCGAGAUGCGCCGAGGAGGUUUCUUUUCUUAAUGCAUAUGCAAAUCAGGUAGAAGCCAUAUUAAUCAUUCUGUAACUGUUUUAAUCACGUCACCGGAGCCUGUUUUGGGGGGGUUUAAAUGGUCGAGUGUCACGGUACCUUCUGCUGGCUGGCUGGUAGAGCUGCUUUAGAAAUGCUUGGUGAACAGGGACAAAAUAAUUCUGGUCUUAGCGUGGGUUUGAAGAGUUCUUGAAGGCAUCCUGAUAGCAGUGCCUGCUGCAUAAUGACCGGGUAGAAAGCAGUUUUUACUAUGUGGCAGACAUCACCUGUCUGCAAAGUUGCUGCAAGACUGGAGAAACUGAUAAAGACUUUUUUUUUUUUUUUUGGCCACCCUUGAUGUGCUUUCCCUGGUGGGAGAGGCAAUGCCACCUGGGGAAAUCCGCUGAUGCGAGGUGCUUGUCUUUACUGCACGUGUAGCGAGUAUAACUUUUUUUUAAAGAAUCUCGGAAAACACAUGAAAAUUACAAGUAUGGGCAGCGCAGUUUCAGUUCUUGUGCUUGAGGAUGAGUCUGGGGCUAGGUAAAGACCCUGUGGCAGGACACAGGGCAGACUGUGCUUGUUCUUUGCUCUUUGGUCAGAGCAGGUUAGCGAUGCCCAGGGAGACGUGGGUGAACCCUAAAACACAGCAGCCCCUGCUGUCUCCCUUCCUGACCCCAGGCAGCGUGUCGCUGCCAAAGCCAGCGAGUGCCACGCGUUGCCUCUCAGCUUUCAGCAUGAGCAGCCCUCUCAAAGAUCCCGCCCGCAAACUUUUUUUUAAUAGCCUGCUUUACGCCCUGGCUGGCACGUGUUGGGCGAUGGAAGUGCUGACAGUCCGGCCCUGUUAAACUGGUGGCUGACAGGAGGCUGCUGCUGGGGCUGCCUGCUCCACCCGGCCCUCUGCCAGGCUGGGGAUGUGACCAAAAACUGAGAAUAGUGUUUUCUUAAUUCUUUUUUUUUCUCUUUCCCCUUCUGAUUUUGCAAGAGGUUGGUGAUCCCCAGCAGGUGGGCGAAUGGACAGCCUGAACACCUAGCAGAUUAAAACAAUACAGCAAGGCUCAGGAGUGCUUGCUUUCUGCAGCUGCCAGGCGUCGUUGCUUCAGGUUUUCACUUCUUCAAUUACUGUCCUCUAAAAUGUAUCAGUACUCUGACUGUCACCUUGUAGUGUCCCUAUCUUUAAUUAUGUCUUCUUUAGGUUGUACUUUUUUAUUUUCUUUAAUUCAGUUUAUUGCAGAGUUUUUCUUUUCUGUAUCCUUGAACUUCUGUUUUGAUAUUCAGCCUGAAUUUUUCAUCACUGUGAAAUGCUAAAAGUGUGAUACCGGGUAAAAUUUUUCCAGUCUGCUUGUUUGGUUUGGAUCAAUGUAGCUCAUUUUCAGUAAGUGCAGGUACAUAGGGUGCGUACAAGUCACUGUAAAAAAUCGGUUCAAGUUCACUUGGACCCUCAGAGCUCUUCUUUUUAGUAUUGUUUUCCAUCCUUCAAACCUAGACCAUGUUUUGCUACGCUUGUGUGUGUCCCUACAAAGACUCUCAUAGUGCAGGUUACUCUCAUGCCCUUCUGAUCUGGUUUUGUGUUUUAGGUAUGAACCUGUGACAAAUGAGCAUUCCUCUUGGUUUCCUUGCCCCAGGUGUAGCCUCUGCUCUGGGGACUGUGCUGUCCCUUCCUUUAUCUGUCCUGGUUGUUGGGACCUUGCUGCUGUGUGCAUUUGGCAUGCUGCUCGUCAGCAGACUUUGAAGAUGCUUGAUGUGUUGGUCUGGAUUUGAGUUGCCUUCCUGUUGAGGUGCUACAGCAAAAUGGCUUGACCCAUAAAUGACUUUUGUUUCCUUGAAUUGUUAGCAGAUCCCUUCUGUCUUGGUGAAUAGGAGUAUUGGUGGUUAGGGUUCACCCUUCCUGGGGCAGAGGCUUGGGGCAGCUACCACCGGCACUGCGCCUCCUUUAUGUCCAUGUGGGGGACGUGCCCUGCUGCCGCCACAUCACGCAAUGCCAUCGCUAGGAGGUGAUGGAUUUGCUCCCUCCCCGGUGUCCAUCGGUGUCUCGAGCUGCCCAGGCAGGUCUGUGUGGUUGGUGAGUGGUUCUGACAGCUCCCACCAUGGCUCAGGGGAAUCAACCCGGCAGGCCUGGGGAGCAAAAUCCCCAAAGAUGAGUGCUUCACAUGCCCCGAGAGGUGUGGGCCUGUGAUAGUGCCGCAUCCCCGUUACUGACUGGGCUGAGUCUCGUGGUGGUGGCAAUUUUCUCAUGAGCCUCUGGUAGUCUCAAAUACCUCUAGGGAUUUGGGCUCCUUGCCGCGCAUCAUAAAACGCUGUUGAAUUUCAUGCAGUCUCGAAGAACAAAGAGUGGCCAUACAGCAGUCCUCUGUCAUCUGGGUUUGCGUUCGUGUCAUGACUGAGACAAGUCAUGAGAUGCCCUGUUGUUUUUCUCCUGUAGUUGUCCAGCUCGGCGUGUCCAUCUGACUUCUGAGAAAGGAGCAGUUGCCCAAAGUUAAGCCUCAAGGCGAUCUGCAGGAGUUUGAAGUGGAAUUAUAAAUACCUGUUGUUGCAUAGCGCUGUUCCGUGGCGUUUGAAGUGUGGAGGCACAGCAACCCGAAUUGCUCGUAGCGCUGAAAAUAGUGGCUUGGCUGCUGCAGUGUGACUCUGAACAGCCUGAGUCCUGCAACUUCGUAGGGAACCUUUCUCUGUAUCCAAAAUUAAUACACAAGAAGAAAAUCAUCUGCUUGUAACAUAAGUCAGUCUUCAAUGUGCUUUUGUUGUCCUUCUGGAUUUUAAGCAGAAAAAGCAAUGAUUUACUUUUUUGUUGUUGUUUAUUCUUGUGCAGCUGCAACUGCUGCUGACCAGCUUUUGUUCCUUCCCUACUUGAUUCUCUAACUUUCUAUGUUUAGCAAGGACAGAAAGUGGAAUGUGACAUCUCUGCAUAUGCGUUUGACUUGUACAAAACCACUUCCAUUUUCCAAGUAAUUUAUUUGCAAUUUUACUGUAACCGGGAGAGCGCUGGGAGAAUUCCUCGGCUGCUCUGCCCCUCUCUGCUCACUUCCUCUGGUCAGCGUUUUGUGCAGUGACUGCGUGCAUUGCAGCACAGGUGGAUGGUAACAUCUGUCACGGGCCCACUUUUUAAAAUACUUCUCUGCAUCAGCAGAAAAAGCCUUGAACAGGAAGGUUUCACUGCGCAUCACAAUCCUGCACGUGGCUACUGAUCUUUUGAAAGCCAUAAUUGCUUGCUGGGGUGCUGCAUCAGGAUUUACUCUACCUGGUUCCAUAGGAGAGAUGUAAGAUUCUGGAUUUUGUCAAAGGAACAUUUCUUAUAAACCUUAUAAAAUCUUGCCACGCACGGCGAAACUGUACUGAGAAGGUGCUGAUUAAUUAAGUCUGAAUUUAGGAAGAUUUAGGCCGCUGUGGUGCGUUAUGGUAGAUGAGAGGUCUUGUUAGUUCUCAGUUACUCCUGCCCGCUUGUUUCCAAGGUCUCUCUUUCCCUGGGCUGCUGACGAAGAGGCUUGCAGCUGUUUAUGCUGUGACACCUCUCUCUUCACGGUGCCUGUUAGUAACUCAGAGGUGACUUCUGCAUGGAGUGGCCGCGUGUGACAACCUAAAUGUGGGUUUCAGAGAAAUUUGGUGCACUGUGGAGAGCCUGCUGUGGUCUGCAUGCUGCUAACAGUAUAAAAUCCUCUACAUCUAAAAUUUACAGCGAGGGCAUCUUUCCAAGACGCCACCCUGUUGAUUUGCAGCAUGCGUUGAUCCCCACUGCUUGCUUCAGGCUGGCAGCACCGUUGCUCAGCUCUGGCAUGCCAGCAGGCUUGCUCUCCUCAUCAGUGCUGUUGCAAACUGGAUCUCAGAUUAGAAGUUCACACAGUCCACUGCAUGUGUGGCCAUCUUCUGGCUGUUUCCAAAUGCAGAUUUCUUUUGAGUAGUCUUGUAAAAGUGUGUCACCGAUGUGAGAGCGCUGCGUGAAAGCAUCUUGUGUCUCCAGUAGAUGUGAGCCCUUAUGCUGGGGUCCUGCUCUCUGUGGUGUCCUCCCAGCUCCAAUAGCAGCACUCAUCGUGGUAUGCCACGAGGCACCAUCAUUUUCAUUGCAGGGGCUAAGUUCUCCCAGAAGAAAACUAAGCCACAGCAAUGCGUGUGAUCGCAAGGGGAUUUUUUUAGAUUGCCAGUCAAACUGGAGGGACUGUCAAAUCCUGCCAUGUUCAAUUAAUGCCAAAAGAUCACCUACUUUUAAAGUCACAUUUAGUCGUACCGUGAUCUGAAGUGCUGCAGCUCGUGUGCAGUGAUUUACUGCAAAGUGAAGGGAAGGUUGCUAUAAAUAAUGAUUGCAGGGGUUUGGCCCUGAAUAAUUACCUGCCUGCCGUUUGCUUUUGUGCCUGUCGAAAGGUCUGCGUCUGUAUUGUGGCUAGCUGUACACUGAACUUUUCUGUGGAUUCUCUACUGGAAAGAAAGAUGGUCCAAAAUACUGCCAAAAAUCCUAUGUGCUGGCUAAGUACCUUUCCUGGAGAAGUUAUGAUUUCUGGAGGAAGGCUUUGGAGUGAUGGUGGGCUAUGGAUGUGACCAGUUCUCUGUGCUCCAGUGCGCUGCUGGUUCUGAUAUUUAGUGAACUACUGAGAAGACUUAACUUCUACUGCCACUUAUUGGUUUAAAAACGAGUUCAGAGUGGAAUAGGCUGUGCACUGAUCUUUGUAAAAAUCAUAACCAGGAGCUUGCAUGUGGUAGAAGUGUUUGGUAACAUUUUCUUGUCCUCUCCAGAAAGCUUCCUGCACCUCAAGGGGUGCACGGCCCUUCAGCCUGACACAGGGGGUUGGCCUUUAGGGAUGAAGAGUCUAUUUAAAAAAAAAGAAAAAGCUUAUACAGAUAGCCUUGUGGCUCAUGCUGAGCCUUUCAAAGGAUAGCGUGUUGCGCUUCACAGCCUUUUUCCUCUCCUCUGUUUCAUAAACCACCAGGUUUCCUUGCAGUGCUGGACACGGGCGGCAUGGUGGCAUAGAGUAAAGCUAAUGGGCUGCUCAGGAGAGCGUGUUCAGGAUAUCCUCCCUUUCUUCCCUGGAAACUUGAAAUGACACUGGUAGAAAACUUGCCUCUCUGAAUGAACAGAGUCGACAGCUGAACUCUUGUUCUUUUUCCAGUUUUUACCAUUCUGUGUAUUAAUAUCCAUCAUGGAAAGGUGCAUUGUAGAGAAACGGUGGGAAGACACUGACUUCCAGAGAGUUAAACUCAUCUUGUUAUAUAUAGCAGGUCACAUAGGCCUUAGGGACCUAGGACACCUACUCUACUUACAGUCUGCAAGGUGACACCUUCAGCAGAGCAGGGCUUUCUAGCAUGCUGCCCAAGUGCCAGAACGUCACCAGUUCGGCCCAUUUUGUGCCAGUUACUGACAUGGUAUUGUAACUCCCUGUGGUGUUUUAAAGCCCUGCGCACACUGUGGCUGAAAUCACAGCGCAGGCUGGUGUAUCUGUGGUGUAUUUGUGGUGUGCAGUGAGAUGUCACACUCCCAGCAGGCCAAUAGUACCUAAUACCAAGUACAUUUUUUAUCCCUUUCCCCAUGGUUAUAAUUAGAGAUGUUAGCUGUAGAAAGCAAGGAAUCCAGGGAAGGAAUAAAAGUUAACUACGAGAGAUUAUUUAAUGUUGAUAUCCAUUGUAUGUUGAAGUGGGGGAGAAUUAAUAUUGCUCUUCAGGAUGCUUUUCAUCUUGUUUUGUUUUAAUAUUAUUGCCUAAGUGUCUUCUAAACUCGUCUUCUCUGGAAACCGUGCCCCUCCCUGUUUUGCCCAAUGAGUGGUAAUUUCACACUUACCCUUAUUUAUUUAAAGCCAUGGUAACCACCAUACUGAAAUGUCAUCAAGUAAAGUCCAGGUCUGAAUGCUGGCUGAUGAUGCAAAGGUCUGCUCUCUAAUAAAAUGAGGCUCACGAAGGACAAGUUCCAAAAGGCAGCUACGCCCUGGCUUCAAGCAUUUGCUCUAAUUUCAAGGCUUUCCCAUGUGGUGUUGCUCAAUAUGUAGCAAAACAAGUUCUUGCGAGUCCCUUGAGCAUUCCUCUCUAUGUAACAGAUUAGAUAUUCACGCUUCAUUAAUUUCUGUCCUCCGUCUUCCCCUCCACCCCCCCACCCCCCCAAAAAAAAAAAAAAAAGCGGAGUAAAGAAGCCAACACGAGCAAGCCUUAGGGAUUUGUUUUGCUUUGUGACGAUGCACAGUUUAUUGAGACACCUGGCGCAGUGCUGGCACUGUGCUCUCUGUAAACACUGAUUUACACGUGCAGUUUUGCUUUGGUUGCAGUAGGGGACAAAGAGAAGGGAAUAAGUGUUGCAAUGUAAGUGUUGUGCAAUUCCUGGCUUUCAAACUGAAAAUGAUGAGCAAGCCUGCAUAGGCCUCUCGCCCACCGAAAUCUGGCCGCUGCUGCUUACCACACCCACUCGUCUUAAUUAGGAAUGGGUCUACGGGCUUUUUAAGGUCAAAAGGAGUGAUGUGUAGAGACAUUAAGAGAAGGCAGUAUCAGGGCUUUUCUGCUGCGAAAGCAAGGAGCAGGCCUGCUGGUCCUUGAAACAAGCUCAGCUGUUAGAUUACCUCCAGUUUAUGCUGUCUGAAGGUAACCCUUAAGAUCCCCGUGCAGGUUCUUACCAGCCGGAUCUCUCUUUCUGAACAAGUCUUGCUGGUGGAGUAGCUCCGCAGCUUCCUUGUUUUUCAGUAUGGGGACUUGGAGGUCAUUCCUUCCAGGGCAGUUUCUCUUUUUUUCUGGAGCCACUUGUCUGAGGCUUGUUUCUUCUUUCCGCAAUUUCUGCCUAGACUGAAAAUCUGUCUGAGGUGUCGGAGACCACGAAUGUGCCCUUGCAGUUGUGGUGCUCGUGGUGGCCCAUCCUGUAUCACUCCAAACAGAUCUCUGUAAGAAAGGAGCAGCUCUGGACAGGUGCAGGCUAGGGAAGCAGAAAUACAUCCUUCUCUGAGCAAUGUGCUUUCAAGACCACUUGGCUUCACCAGUUGUCUCAACCUUCCCUCAGCUUGGGCGGUGGAGCCCAGCUUUGAGAGCUCUCGGUGUUUUCUGGCGUCUGGUCCUCGCUGAAUGCCCAUGAUGUAGAAAAUGCUUAAUGAUGCACAGCGCCCUGAGCCUUGCAGUAUUGCCUGCUGGGGUGGCUGCUGGGGUCACUCAUCCCCCGUGGCCGUCCCUUGCAUGAUCAGCAGACCCCGGGGAUCUCUUGAAAAGGAGAAGCAGCCCCUCCCUGCCGGUUAGCCACCAGCACCCCCAAGCUCCGUUUCUGUCCGAAAGGAGAAGUGUGAGCAAACUGCCACUUCCUACAGCGCUGAAAUCCAAACUGGUUCUUCCGAGGCCCUGGGGCAGGGCACUGCAGCUCCCUCACUUGUCCAGGAGAGCUAUUCAAAAACGAAAGGUGGAGACAGAGCAGCUCAGAUUUUGCCUCCGCUCUUGCAGCAGCUUACGUGCAGAUAGUUGGUGGGUGGCUGUCUGCCCAUGUGCUUCGCCGGGUUGUUACGAGUUGGGUUUAUGUGCACCUUCGUAUUCUGCCUUAUUAAAUUGACUGGCACAGAGGAACCCUCUGAGGAGCCCUUCCAAAAAUCUCUGCUUCAGGAAGAACUUCUGAAAAUUAACAGUAUUUGAAUAGAUGAAAAAUAAAUGCAAAAACCUGCUUUGUGUGGAUUCAGAAAUACUUCUGCUUUUUUCUUUUUUUUUUUUUAAAAAAAAAUGAUUAUUUUGGGGAACUCUUCAAACGGGUGUGCUGGCCAGCAUAUUGCGUGCAGACCGAGGCAAUAGUAGCGAAACAAAAUUCAGUAGCUACUGACUGGCUGGAUUUGGUCAGGAGAGGUUUAUCAAGGACACCUCUGACAGCUUUUUUUCUUGGUGUGGUGAUUACUUUUUUUACAUAAACGGAAGCUACAGGGCUUAAUAAUAUACUACAACUGAGGAUUAUGUCCAUUGUAUUUUUUUACGUUACUUUAACAAACUAUGUAGAACUAUAGUCAAAACGCUUAUUUCUGAGACAAAGUGGACAAUAUUUGGUUGGCAACUUGCACUUGAUUAAAUGUAAAACAUUUUCUUAAUUUAGUGAUGUGUUUAGGAGAAUACUGUAACUUGCUGAAUAUACAACGGUGAUAACUGUGUUUACAAUAACUUUCCAAUUCCUACUGUUCCGCAGUGGCCAACUUGUUUAAGAAUUAAAAGUUAAGGCGUACUGCAACUGGUAAUCUUGGAAAAAUUAACGCAAUCCUGCUACCACUAAAUACUGUGGGGUGGAUACCAUGGAUAUAAACGGCAGCAGAAUUGUAUUCCAAGUCUCUGUCUUAAGUGCUUAUGACUAAAAGGCGACUUGCCUUGUGCUCAUUUAUGUAUUCCUGUGUGUAGUACAUCAGUUAUGAAUCUGUUAAUGGUUGAUUUGUAACACUAGAACCUUUAUGGGGAUCACAAUGGGAUUUUUGUUUGUUUGUUUGUUUUUGUUUCUGAUCAGAGACUUAGACAUUUUGGAAUGUACAACGUUUAUCCUUGUGCUGGAAUUGUUUACAUGCAAAAAGGUAUUUAUGAUUUUUUGCAAACUGCAAUGUGCAAUUUUGUACACGUGUUUUAAACUAAAGAGUUUAUAAGGAAGAUAUUGUAUGUACAAUACUUGGACAUGAGUAUUAUUUCUUUGAUAUAAAUAUCUAGAGGAAAAUUAAAGUUGCUUUAUAUUCAUA